CUCACGAUCUCAAUUUCUUUAUUUUUUCUUCUUCUUGGUUGCUUGCCUCGUCGUCUUCAUCAUCUUUCACCAGACUGCUUUCUCAAGAGUCGACGAGCACAUCACAUUGCUUAACCUCCCAAGUCAUCGGGUCUUCUUCCUUUUUUUUCCCCUUUUCCAAUUUCGCAUAACGACCUCUCGUCAUACCACAUCAACGCCAUGGCGAUCAACGACGAUAAGAGGCGACCUGCCGCCUUGAACCUCGAGACUCGCCGCAAAGACUCAUCAGAUUCCACAUCUUCCACAUCAUCACUGGGCAAGCCGCCAAGGACACCGCGGUUUGCCGAGGCCACCAGCAUCCACUCACCAAUCGAGGCACAAGGGGAGAAGAACGUCUUCCCACAGUCACAGCCAGGGGAUAUCGGCUUCGGAUACAUCAACAGCAACCCUGAAUCCGUCACAAUGCCAAUGAGCCCGAGGUCACCGCUCAAGAGUGCCCUGAAGGUGCCGGGAACACCAGGACGUGGAUUCAACCCGCUUAGCCCGACAUUCAGGGAAGAGCAGGUUCUGGAGAAGAGAGAGGCAUUGACCGACGUCGAGCAGGCAAAGGAUCUGAAAGUCAAAACCAGAGUACGAAUGGCUAAGUUUGCACUCCGCGGCGUGAACUUCAGUUGCAGUCUUAUCGUGCUUGCUAUGCUGUCGUCAACCUUUAGCAUCUUCAAUGCCACCAAGGAACUCACAGCCAAGAACGGCCUCCCGGCAUGGGCUGCGAAUACCAAUAUCACGCCUCAGAUCCUGACCCUCGUCUCCUCAUGUAUCUCUCUCUUCCUCUGCAUCCUCGUCUUCAUCGGAUACACGCGUGGAGGCCACAAGAGAGCAGAGAAGGUCGGCGUCUACUACACGCUCUUCGCCUGUGGCUGGUUCAUCUUCAGCAUGGCCAUCUGGGUCACCAGCAUCAUCAUCCUGCAGCACGCCAAGGUCAGCAGCGAUAACAAGGAUCUGUGGGGGUGGUCAUGCAACAACAACAUCCGCCACGAGCUGUUCAACAACCAGGUGGACUAUGCGCUUGUGUGCAGACUUCAGAACUGGUCCCUCGUCUGCAUGAUCAUUGAGGUCGUCAUCGAGGCCAUCUCCAUCACCCUCUACUCGGUCGUCUUCUACCGGUACUACAGCAAGCGCCGCCUCAUGAAGUCGAUGGACAUGCGCGACAAGGCCCGCUCCGACCUCUACCUCGCCCAGCUCCGGACGCAGUCCGCACCCAACACGCCCGGCUUCGGCCCCAAGUCCCCGUCCUUCUCCUCUGUGUACGGCCCUAAGUCGCCUGGUGGGUACUCGCAGCAGGCCCUGUCUCCUCGCUUCCCACCGACCGCCUACCGCUCCCUCGGCGACAUCGAGGAGACCGGCGCCUCGCCCUUCACCCCCGGCGGAAAGCACAUCCCUGAGCCGCAGAGCAGCUUCGCCUCGAUGGCCACCGCCAGGGGCGCUGCCGCGCCUUUCAAGCUGCAGGCGCCGCCAUCCAAGGCGCCCUCUGCCACAAGGAAGCCCGGCCUGUCGCCCGUCGAGGCGUCGCCUAUCGAGAGGUUCUCGCCGCUACAGAGGCCACAGCAACAGCCUGAGGUUCCGUCCAUCACCGUCAACGAGCACGGCCACGGCCCCGUCGCGGCUGAGGAGCCAGUGUACGACGCCGUGCCCAUCCCGGGCGCGUACGCCGGCCAGGCGAUCAAGAGCCCGCCUCCAGCCCAGACAAGCUUCCACGGGAGGUAGAGAGGGCUUCCAUGCGACUCGCAGACGACCUUUUUCUUUUUGUCUUUUGUCCUCGUGACCACAGCUAUGCUGGAUGAAACUGGGUGGAACUAUACCAUUGGGCGUUGGGGAGGGACAAAUUUUGACGAGAACGUUAUACCGAUUUUCUUUUUUAUAUCUACAAGGGACAUUGCAAGAACGAUGUAUCUACCGUUCACUUUAGUAAUUUUCGAUUCAAAGGGUGAGGCGGGCUGGUAAAACCCAGUCCCGUAUUGUAUGUACAGUGGAGGAAAUUCAGUUAGAGAAUGACAACAAUCAAAAGCUUGUCCUCU